UCCCGACAUCGUAUUCUGUACAAACCGUACUUCAGUGUGAGAACGGCCGCGGAUCGGCUCGCAGCGUCCCGGCGCGCUGCGCGAUUACGAAAAACAACUUCAUAACAAUAAAGAAAGUGAUGAAAGUGGUAGUGAAAAUGAAGUUUCAAUUAUAAAUGGCCAGUAAAAAUAAAGUAGUGCAUUUGCCGUCAGUGGCAGAAGAGGGCAAUUCUCGGACAUCAGAAGGAGAGGACAACGAUGGGAGUGAGAUCAACGCAGGUUCCUCAAGAGUUCUCUCUGCUGCUACGUCUAGAGAAGACGACGAUGACUCCAGCAACAAUGCGAGCAGCGAUUGCAAGAGCCCAGGCCAAAGGCGACCGAUCAUUGCCUCGAGCUCGUCAAGCUCUCACAAGUCCAUGCAGAUGCAGGACACAAAGCACGAGAGAGAGGAAUCUGACCCUGACAAACGGGGGCAUAAAUGGAGGCACGUCCAAGCUGUCAUGGCAUACUACCAGGCUCUCAGGAAAAUAAAAAGAACAAAGUCGAACCAGCGAUGGAUGAAACUACGAACGACGGUGCAGUUGAGCUCGGCGAUGCAAAUGAAAAAACCUCCUCUGAAGAGAGAAGACUCCUUCCUGAAGAAAUUCUCCACUCGCCACAUACCAGAAACACAGGAAACUGUAGAAGACACGGGGUCGGAGGGAGCGACCGGUGACCACCGGUCGACGAACCGACAGCGGCGGAGGAAAGUGCGAGCGCCGAGGACCGUCGUCAACCCUGAUGAGAACUUCUAUUUCUACUGGUUGUGGGUCAUCACUGCGUGCGUGCUGUAUAAUCUGUGGACGCUCAUUGUGAGGCAGAGCUUUCCUGAGUUGCAGAUAAUGUUCCACAUAUUCUGGCUGACGUGCGACGGCAUCAGCGACGCAGUGUUCGCGCUGGACCUGGUCGUGCAGCUGCGAACAGGAUAUCUGGAACAGGGGCUCAUGGUGUAUGACUCCAAGAAAUUAGCUAAGCAUUACUUGACGUCGCGCUCCUUCCUGCUCGACAUCGCUUCGCUGACACCCCUGGAUCUGCUGCAGCUUAAAAUUGGUGUCAACCCUAUCAUUCGAUUUCCUAGAUUUUUUAAGGUAUACAGAGCAGUGAGCUGCUACUACAUCGUGGAAUCCCGGACGGUGUACCCCAACUUCUGGCGUGUGAUCAACCUCAUCCACAUCCUGCUGAUCCUGGCCCACUGGUUCGGCUGCUUCUACUUCCUGCUGUCUGAAGCUGAGGGCUUCCAGGGUGACUGGGCCUACCCCCAUCGGCCUGGAGACUACGCUACGCUCACCCGCAAGUACCUGGGAUCCCUCUACUGGUCCACCCUCACACUCACCACCAUUGGAGACCUCCCCACUCCAGAGACCAACGCCGACACGGCAGGCGGCCCCAAAUUUCUGCCGCGACGAGGGCUCAAGUCCCGCCUUCUGCAGUUCAAGUCUAACCGAGGAUACGUGUUUACAAUAGUAAGCUACUUGAUCGGGGUGUUUAUUUUCGCUACCAUUGUUGGACAAGUGGGCAACGUCAUCACAAACAGGAAUGCCAACAGGCUGGAGUUUGAGAGACUGCUUGAUGGUGCAAAGACUUACAUGAGGCACCAUAAGGUUCCAGGAGGCAUGAAGCGGCGGGUGCUCCGUUGGUACGACUACUCCUGGUCGCGGGGCAGAAUACAGGGCGGUGGUGACAUCAACACAGCCCUAGGGCUCCUGCCUGACAAGCUGAAGACGGAGCUCGCAUUGCAUGUCAAUUUGAGCGUUCUAAAAAAGGUUACAAUUUUUCAAGAGUGCCAACCAGAAUUUUUGCAUGACCUCGUAUUAAAGAUGAAGGCCUACAUUUUCACCCCGGGGGACUCGAUCUGUAGGAAAGGUGAGGUUGCCAGAGAGAUGUUUAUAAUAGCCGAUGGCAUAUUGGAGGUUAUAUCAGAAACCGGACGGGUCCUCACAACUAUGAAGGCAGGAGACUUUUUUGGUGAAAUAGGAAUUUUGAACCUAGAUGGACUUAAUAAGCGUACAGCAGACGUACGUUCCGUGGGAUACUCCGAGUUAUUCUCGCUUUCUCGAGAAGACGUACUGGCAGCGAUGAAAGACUAUCCAGAGGCACAAGACAUUUUACAGACUUUGGGAAGGAAGAGGCUACAAGAAGUAAAAAGCAUGUCAAGGCAAAAGGUCAAAGGUAAAGGAGACAUCAGCCCUGAUAAAGGUGGAGAUGACAAAACGUCAAAAAGAAUAGUGCACAAACUUCGCAGUGAUGUCAAGGUACCUGGUAUUCGAAAUGCUAUUCGUAGUAGGUCUAGAGCAGGUCGGCGUUCGGGCGAAUCACUGGAACUUCAAGCAUUGACAGGUGAAAAGAGAUCAUCUGUGGACGGCAAAACUCUCAAGAGAAUGGCUAGAGUUGAAAGUGAUGACUCUCAGCAUAUAAAUCAAGAUGAUACUGGAGAAACGACGUCCGGCAGUAAAAAUGGGGAGAAAUGCAUAUCACCUAUUGGAGCCGGUCUACCAUUAUUGUCUAGAUUAAAAUUGCUGAAAGAAAAACAGGAUCGUGAGGAAAAAGCUGCAAAACAACGGCAUUCAACAUCGUCUGUUGUUUCACCUCAACCUCAACCGACACCAUCAACAAGUUCGGGGCCCCAAAUUGAACCCGAAGUCAUUGGUGCGGGAUUACCACUCCUACAGAGGCUUUUACUACUUAAAGCCAAAGAAGAACGGGAAAAAAAUCAGCUUACCCCAAUGAAUAGCAAUCAAGCAUCAAGUUCAGAUACCAUUAGUCCAAGUUCCAUAAAAAGUCCUUUAAGCCCUACUAUAAAAACAUUAAGCCCCAUAAGAAAAGGUUCUGAGUCUAGUUCGCCAGGAAAACUUCAGAGUCCAACUGCAAAGAAUUCUCGGAAAAAUUCCUCAGGAUCUAGUGAUGGCACAUCAAAACCUAAAGUGAGCUUUAGAGAUAAAAUAUUACAAGUCCAAGGUGACGGAACGGCUGUUUGUCAACCACUCAUGAAAGAUGCCAGUGAAAAACCUGCAGCUGUCGUUGAGCCAACCCCGAAAACCGAAAGCAGCUUGAUUUCGAUUCCGCAUUCAGUUGUCAGUAAAAUAAAGUCACCGGCUAAAGCUGUAGGAUCGACUUUUAGAGAUAAACUAAAGUUGUUACAAAGUGGAAGCUCCCCAAAAGAAUCUGGAGGAAGUUCGCCAAAAGAUUCAAGUAUUGAUAAAAAUAAAAUUCCAUUACAAGAAAAAACAUCAGCAGAAAUUUCACCUAUAAAGCAAAGUGAACAUAAAGAAGAGACAAAACCUAAAAAACCGUGGUCGAAGUUGAAAAAAGCCGCAAUCCUAGGAGAGUCAAAAAGUCAAAGUGUAUCAAACGAGGAAAAGAAGGAAAUUGUAAUAGCAAACCAAGAAGUAAAAGAAGAGUGUAAGCCAGAAGCUGCUGUAAAUAUUUGCGUGCCUAUAGUUACAGCGGAGCUUGUUAGAAUAGACAAUAAUAAUGUUGACGUUGAUAGUGAUAAUACUAAGCAAGAUAAACCUAAGAUAUGCUUAACAGGCCCUUUGGAACCCGUCCAAGAAAAGUCUUUAGAUUUAUUAACAUAUUCUCCAAAGAAAAAUAUUGUCGCAAAACCAAGUGACCCUAACAGUACUCACUUUACCGGAGGCAUGCUUUUGCCAAAAGCCAAGAAAUAUAGAUCAAUAGACGAUCUCUCCCCAGAAUAUGGAGGAUUACCAUUCGUAAAGAAAUUGAAAAUUUUAAACGAAAGGCAAAAAUUAGCAGAAUUAGAAAAAGUAGUUAAAUUUCGCAGUUCUAGCUUAGACUGCACUAGUUCUUCGGAAGACUUAUUAUGUGAUACUCUAACCCGAAGUCAUUCUGAAGGCAGCACUAUGGAUAAAAGAAAAUACAAACGAAAAUCAAUCGAUUCCCUUGGUAGUCAUGGAUCGAAUGAGACACUAGAAAGGCGAACACUUAAAUCCAUUCUUAAGAAGUUGUCAGAAGACGUUACUCCUGCUGAAAGUCCUGAAAGGAGCAAUGAGUUUAAAAAACUAAUCCGAGCUCCAACGUUAGAGGGAUACGCAGCAAGACAUUCAAAGUUUUCUAAAAGUGUUACAUUCCACAGGCACACUUUGCCUUCACCCCCUGCGAGCAUUCCGAUUGAUGCCAAAUGCCAAAUAUUCCAAAUGCCAGACGUAAGAAAUGAUACUAUGACUGAAGUUCCUCCUUCAGAAAUAAGUGCAGAGGUAGUUCCAGAGGCUAUUGACCCUAGCAAUCAGAUAGUUCCUUCAGCCACCGAAACUGUCAUCACGCAGGACAUAGAUUUACCCAUAAGAGCAGAUUAUGAUAUUAAACCAAAUAUUGAUCCUAUGUAUGGAUUUAAAACAUUAAGACCUGAAGAAAUAAAAGUGCCUUCAGAGAAACCUAAGCUGACUCUUAUUUCCGCUGUAGCCAAUCAACGGAAGUUACUGCGAGGAUCACUAGAAGAACAAGAGUAUUUCGGCGAAGUUCUUUUAGGUAUAAAACAAGUUAUUCAAGGUCACUUACAUGAUGUUCAAGGAAAAUUUCAAGAUAGAUUUAAUAGCCUAGAAAAUGAGGUGAGAAAACGUGAUGAAAUUAUCAGUCAACUUCAAAAACGUAUUCAAGAGUUAGAACGACUUGGCUUGCCAGGCAUCAGCCCUACAGAAGAACAAGUAGAACCUCCACAACAACCUCCAACUGAACCAGCAGAUGAAAGUGUAGCUCAUACCCCCCUUUGUAAAAAUGGCAGCUCUGGUAGUGAAGACAUAUCAGGUGCCGAUGAAGGAUUUAUGAGAGGUGAUUCACUAGAUACAGUUUUUGCAACAUCUCCACCUACAGUAAGCGCAGAAGAAGAAGAAAAAGAUGCUCCAGAACCACCAUCAUCACCUAAAGAAAUAUUAACCACCGACGACAUUACGGAAGAAAAACUUGCAGAAAUGACGGAAGGAAUAGAAUUAGCAAAAUUAUCAUACUCAGAAAUCCAAAGCUUAGCUGAAAGAAUAUCAAGCAGGACAGAAAAGUCUUACUCAAGUAAGGAACAAUGGACAGUGAGCAAGUCAAAAAGGCUAGAUUUAAAUUUAGAUGGCAAAGCUGGAACUUAUUCGAGAAAACGGGCAGCUAAAUUGAGGCAAAGGAAGUCAUGGGAGGACCAAAGUGAUCAAGAGAGCAUGGAAAUGCAAGAUUUAACUAGGCCCAUAUCUCCUCACGGGACCUCGGAGGAUCGUUCUCUGCUCAGUCCAGAACAGUCAAGCUUAAGAACCAGCAGACGCAGCAUGCGACCUUUCCAUUUCUUCGGCACGCAUUUGGACAGCACCAAGUCAAAAAUAAAGAAGACCCUUUCCGUUGACACUGGAAUGCAUCAUACGGGAACGAAAGAGAAAAUUGAUUUAGGUCGGCAGCGGCACCAUCGUAAGUUCAGUCUCGGCUCGUUCUUCGGAUACCAUCGCGGUUCACAAUCGAGUCACAAACCGGCACACAACUGCAACGACGUUGUCCUGGAUAUGGGGAGCGACUAUAGUUGGAGUGACACGAACUCAACAUCAUCAAGCAGCGAUUCAGAAUCAAUGCCUCGCACCCCGGUAUUCGAAGAAUUUGUGGAAAGCAGUUCAAGACGAUGCAGAGCCAGCAGUUCCAGUCACGGAAGUUUAUCUCCCAUAAGAACCAUGGCUGGGAGUGGCGGUGACUGGGAAGUGAUGAUGUUAGCCGAAGAACUGGAUAAGAGGGAACGAGAGAAGGAAAGGGAAGAAAAUAGGAGACACCACUAUUCCACUACCCUACGCGAGUUAGAAGAGGAAUCCGACACUCCACAACGUGAAGACAGUCUCGACGAAUACUCCAACAUCGACGACUCUAACUCUUCAUCCACCACGCACCUUCUCUCCCAGUCCAUGAGUGAUCCCUCGCAGAGAUCUCUGGAGACAUCGUUCACUGAACGCAGUAGUCGGACGGGCAGAGAGCCGAGGCAGCAGAGAGGGGGGUCAGUUGGUGAACCGAUCCGUUCAGAAUCCCCCCUAAGACAGAGAGGGUUGAUCUUGCGAGCAGCCAGUCUCGAUCGCGAGACCACACCAGCGCCCGCGCAGACCCGCCGCUUCGGCUCUCUGAAGAGCGCCAGCACAGACUCACACAAGAGACUCUGAUCCGGUUUGCCACACGGAUCGAGCCGUGGGUCCGCUGACGUCAAUGGUGCAAACGCAGCUCAAAUUUGUUGUAACGAAACUUUAAACGAACAGGGAAAUGGAGGUGAAACCACAAGAGAGAGAGGCAUAGUUAGGAACGUACGAGAGAAUGAACUAAGUAUUAAUUCGAAUGUAAACGGUAGUAACGACGACCGGACGGUUGUCGGUCAAUUAUAUGUGGUGAUCGUUUUGUUCUACGAUGAUUACGAUUAUUUGAUCUUUUUAGUUAUAGAGUAGUUUAACGUAUAUGACAUCGUGAACGGAUGCAGAUAUAUUUUAAUUUCAGACUUAGCAUAGUGUAUCGCUGUUUCAAGUCACUGGUGUGACAAUCGACUUGAAUUAUCAUUCUGUUAACGAUGUCUUAGACAUUUUAAAUGGUGCAGUGUAUUACAAAAUUUCCAUAAUUUAGAAAUAUUAUUAUCACUUGAUUUUCAAUAUAUUACCUUAUUUAUCCUAUAGCAUUUUGUAUGUAUUUGGUAAUAUUCAGGUCAGUUAACAGGGAACCAAUCCAUUUAGUUUUAAAUGUGCUCGGAGUAUUCUGCACUUAAAGAUUUAUAAUCUUACUGUAAGUCGAACCUCAUAACGUACCUACUUACUUAUCGAAUGUUACAAACGAAUUUUAAAUUACUAUUUUUUUAGUUUUUUUUCUAUAUCUAAGUGAGUAUCAAAGCCGUAAUAGACUUGCAGACUUGCACUGCACCGCGACCUUGGUGCGGUCAAAAAUUUUGACCGCACCAAGAUUCAAAAUAUCUCUAUCUCGCUCUAACUUUUAGCUACGUCCUUAACGCACGCACGGCAAUCACCUUACACACUAACGGCAGUCUGUUACGGCUUUAAUGUGCAAAUUUUGAUUACUUACCGUUCGAUUUUAAUGCCCUUGAUAUUAUGUAUUUUGGAUAUAUGCACAAAAAUAUAGAUGGUCAAGCAAAUCUUGCCAGUAGAAAAAGGCGCGAAAUUCAAAUUCUCUAUGAGACGAUAUCCCUUCGCACCUACAUUUUUCAAAUUUGCCGCCUUUUUCUACUGACAAGAUCUGCUUGACCAACUAUAAUAACAUUAUUAUGUGUGUAUUACCAAAUGUAAGAGUAAUAUUAUGUUUAAGUAAAAUAUUAUAUACUUACUUAAAUGUGUCGAGUUCCUAGAAUGAGAAUAUAAUAGGUACCUAUUAUUAUUUUUAUUUGACCAUUAUAUGCCUAAUCAAGAAAUAUUUUUUAAGUGAGCUAUCUCAAAUGUUUACUAUUGUUUCAAGUACCUAAUUGUACUAGGUUCCUAUAGAUAUUUAUAUAAAGUAUGUAUAAUUAUAACUUAUAGAAUUCAACGAUUAUUAUUUAAACAGACGUAUUUACAUUACUCAAAAUCUAUAAUCAUUAAAUGAAUCUAGUGCCAAAAAUCUAGGUAUACCUAAUCAUAUUUGUAAUUUUCGGAUUCUAUUAGAUAUUCUAUACGUGUUAUUGUAUAAGGUUAUUUUACAAUAUUGUAAAUAUCGAAUUAACGUUUAUGUUAGAUAAUAAUGUAAAGGUUAAUGAAACUUAAGGUAUACUUAAUUAACAGUAAAUAUUAAUUAUUAUUAGUUAAUAUUAAUUAUAUACAAUUUGCAUUAAGGUCGACGAUCUAAUGAAGUAAGGUAAGGUAGCCAAAGUUCUCCUAUGAGACAAGUGCACCUAGGUAUGUUUGAAAUACGAAUAGAUUGUAUGGGUUUCAUAACCUACCUUACUUAGCUUUUACCCUUUUACCAAAUCAAAUUUAGUUACUCCCGGUAAAAAUGCGUCACGACGGAUGUGCCUCUAAUCGAUGCAUUUGCCCCAUAGGUGCACUUUGUCCCAUCUGAACUUUGUUUGAAAAAUGGAACAAAGGUUCUUAAAAUGCUUUUCGAAAACACCAUGUAAUAUAUAAUCAAAAGGAGUCAAAGUACCUAAAACUAUUUAAAAGUGCCAAACGUGUCCGCUAAUAAACGUAAAAUAUGUUCAAGACAUAUAUUAUGUUGAAUGAUAAUAGGCAAUUUAAUUAUCACCCGUUAUUACUUAUGACAAAAGUAAAUAGGAUAAAGGGUGACACAAAGAUAAUUAUAAAUAUUUUAAUAUUUUUAACCUUUUAACCGCCGUAGACUGAUAUAUAAGACAUAAGUAUAAAAUCGGGCUCAUUUUGCCGCGGUCUGAUAAAUAAAUAAAUAAUAGUUAUUUGUACAACAAGAGAUCAAAGUUUGAUAUUUCUUCGAGUGCUUAUUUUGAGUCCCGUGCAAGCGAAAGAUUCUAUAAUAUUAUUAGUUAUAUAUAUAACUAAUUUAGAAUCUUGAGCGUAGUAAGGGAUUCAAAAGCGCACGAGAUGUAAAUAACGUUGAUCUCGUGUAGUACACAAAAUUUUUCACCCUAAGCAGUGAGAACAUACCUAGAAGGACAGAGAUAAUAGAACCCAAGUAUAUCGAACUUGUAUUAGACCCCGCAUGUUGAAAUGACAUUUGACUAUAAAGGUCACUUGAAUGACAUUUUGUCUCACUUAGUGAGCAAAAUGCGAUUUACUCACUCAUUUUAUCUCACUCAGUGAGCAAAAUGCUCACACACGCCGGGGUCACACCGGGGACACGAGCACGCUCGAUGACAAAUUCUAUGGCGGUUAAAAGGUUAAUUUUGAUAACUACUGAUUGACGGUACUGAUUUUAUUUUGAAGUAAUCGCAAGGUUAUGUUUUCGCUUAUUUUUUUCGCCAUUUUUUCGCUUAACCUUAGUCAAACAUUUUUUCUCUCAAUAAGCACUUUACCUAAAUAUAUUUUAGAGAAUCUCAUUAUUUAACAUAACAUUGUUAUGUACCGACGAAGGUAAAUGCCCGAUAGCCUACUUAAUAACAUUCUCAUAAGAAUAACGAUCGAUACUAGCUUCAGAAUUGGUAAAAAAAUCAUUAUUAUCUAGAGAAUUAUUAUCAUCUUCAAUCAAGAACUGGCACUUUUUCUAGGUUAGCUGGAAUAGGCCCUGAAAUUAAUAAUUGUAACUUACCAAAUUUACAAUGACUAGUGAUUUAAUUUAAUGGUCUUGCUAAAGUGAAGCAAAAUGUACCUAAACGCCAAAAUAGGUUAGGUUCUAAAAUAUUUAUUUUCACAUAGGCCAGAAACCGAAUUUUAAUAAUAUAUUUCAAAAUAGAUUACAGGUGAAGAUUACUGGGUACAAUUUAUACAUAUAUUUAGUACCUACCUACUUAUGAUCAUUUUUGUAACGUAGCACAACGUUAGUUAUACUAUAAUAUUUCUGAACAAACAGAUACUUAUAAUAUUAUUAAUGUUUAUUAUAACAAGCCCAAUUAAUGGUACGAUUGAUAGAUUUUGAAUAGAAAUAUAAUGUAAUAAAUAAUUAUGAUACCUAAGAAUAUUAUUAAAUGAUAAUAAAAGCACUUAGUGAGAUAGAUAUCUAUGACGAAAAUUAAAUUAAUAUUGUAUUUAGAUAUAGGCAUCAACUCAUGAAAAAGCGAUGAGAAUAAAAAUACAUUUAAAACAA